AAGUAAGCUUCGGAGGUUUUCAUGCAGGUCCUAACAUCUGUACCCUGGAGUUCAGAGUGAGGAAAGAACCUUGACAGCACCCAAACUGCACGACUCUCCCUGGCUGCUCAGCUGGAGACUGCACUUACCCUCCCCUCACCCCUGAGAUCGGGAACUGCCGUCCAUUGCCCGGCACUGCCUUCGCUCUCCCCUCCUGGUUCAGUUCCUCUGACAGAAGAAGGGCUGGCUGGGAAAGAGCUUGAGACCCACUGAGCUAAUUAAGGAAGCAUGGUUCACACUCACACACAGAACUUUUGUUAUUGUUGAGGGGUGCUGAGGAGCUGAGGCUGGCGGAUGGAGGCAGCCCCUGUGCCGGGAGAGUGGAGGUUAAACACCAGGAUAAGUGGGGGACGGUGUGUGAUGAUGGCUGGGACAUGGCAGAUGCUGGGGUUGUUUGUAAGCUGUUGAGAUGUGGAGCUGCUGUCAGUGCCCCUGGCUUGGCUCCAUUUGGACCAGGAUCUGGAAUAAUUUGGCUGGAUGAAGUUGCCUGUGAUGGUACCGAGUCUGCUCUCUGGCACUGUGGGAACGAGGGAUGGGGUAAGAUUGACUGCGGUCAUGGAGAGGAUGCUGGAGUGACCUAUUCAGGUGCCGACGAGCUGAGGCUGGUGGAUGGAGGCAGCUCCUGUGCCGGGAGAGUGGAGGUUAAACACCAGGAUCAGUGGGGGACAGUGUGUGAUGAUGGCUGGGACUUGGCAGAUGCUGGGGUUGUUUGUAAGCAGUUGGGAUGUGGAGUUGCUGUCAGUGCCCAUCGUAAUGCUCAUUUUGGAGCAGGAUCUGGACAAAUUUGGCUGGAUAACAUUGCCUGUGAUGGUACCAAGUCUGUUCUCUGGCAGUGCGGGAACAGGGGAUGGGGUGAGCAUAAUUGUGAUCACACAGAGGAUGCUGGAGUGACCUGUUCAGGUGCUGAUGAGCUGAGGCUGGCGGAUGGAGGCAGCCCCUGUGCCGGGAGAGUGGAGGUUAAACGCCAGGAUCAGUGGGGGACGGUGUGUAGUGAUCGCUGGGACAUGGCAGAUGCUGGAGUUGCUUGUAAGCAGUUGGGAUGUGGAGAGGCUGUCAGUGCCCACGACAAAGCUCAUUUUGGACCAGGAUCUGGAAAAAUUUGGCUGGAUGAAGUUGCCUGUCGUGGUACUGAGUCUGCUCUCUGGCACUGCAGGAACGAGGGAUGGGGUGAGCAUAAUUGUGAUCACACAGAGGAUGCUGGAGUGACCUGUUCAGGACACAUUAAGCCCCAGCUGGUUGGAGGAGACGGUGCCUGCUCAGGACGUGUGGAGAUAAAACAUGGAAAGACAUGGACCACAGUCUGUGAUGCACACUUUGAUCUCCAAGUUGCCAACGUUAUCUGUAAUGAACUACAGUGUGGAAUAGCUGUAUCUACCCCAGGAGGAGGUCACUUUGGAGAAGGACAAGGGUUGAUCUUAACUGAAGAAUUCCAGUGUGUGGGGAAUGAGUCUCUCCUGUUCUCCUGUCCCAGGAUAUCACAAGUGAAUCAGACAUGCUCACACGCAAAUGAUGCUGGUGUCAUAUGCUCACGAUUCCGGCUGGUGAACGGCAGCACAGCGUGCUCAGGGAGAGUGGAGAUCCAGGUUCUUGGUGCCUGGGGAACCCUCUGUGACUCACGCUGGGAUUUACCAGAUGCCAACGUUCUCUGUCGUCAGCUCGACUGCGGAUUCGCUGAAUCAGCCCCAGGAGGAGGGUAUUUUGGGAAGGGAACUGGCUCUGUCUGGACAGACACAUUUCACUGCAAAGGGACUGAAACCCAUUUGAGCCAUUGCUCUGUUACUGACCUGGGGGCCUCUCCGUGCUCACACGACAAUGAUGCCGGUGUGAUUUGCUCAGGUCAUUCUGAAUCACUCCGACUGCUGAAUGGAGAGAGCCGGUGCGAUGGGAGAGUUGAGAUUUCCCUCCGUGGUGUGUGGGGCAGAGUGCUGGAUGACCAGUGGGACAUGAACGAUGCCAGUGUGGUGUGCAGGGAGCUCCAGUGUGGAGCUGCUGAGAAAGCUUAUAACCCCCCUAAGUCUGAGCGAGGAACGGGCCCUGUGGGGCUGAGAAGGGUCCAGUGUGCAGGAAACGAGACUAAUCUGACGCUCUGCAUCGUCUCCACAUCUGAGGCAGAGCAGGCAGGAAUUGCUGAGGAUGUUGGCAUCGUUUGCUCAGGGAGCCGGCGGAUCAGACUGGUGAAUGGGACAGGUCGCUGUGCCGGGAGAGUGGAGAUUUAUUACAAUGGCAGCUGGGGGACAGUCUGUGAUGAUUCCUGGGAUCUGUCAGACUCCAAUGUCAUUUGCAAACAACUGGGAUGUGGACAUGCCAUCAAUGCAACUGUCUCUGCUCAUGAUGGGCAAGGAUCCGGGCAGAUCUGGCUGGAUGAUGUGAACUGCUCUGGGAACGAAUCCAAUCUCUGGGACUGUCCUUCCGGGGGCUGGGGCCAGCACAAUUGCAGACACAAAGAGGACGCGGGAGUUCUCUGCUCAGAAUUCACGGAUCUCAGACUGGUGAAUGGCAGCGACUGUGCUGGGCGACUGGAGGUUUUCUACAGUGGAACUUGGGGCAGUGUUUGCAACAGUCCUAUGGAUGCCGUCACCAUGGCACUUAUAUGCAAACACUUGGACUGUGGAGACAAAGGGACACUUUUGAAGGAAUUUACACAUGGAAGCGGCUCUGGCCCCACCUGGGUGGAUGGUGUUCGGUGCGAUAAGCAGCACAGCUCCCUUUGGCAAUGCCCGUCAGACCCUUGGAAACAACAAUCGUGUAACAGAGUAGAAGAAACUCACAUUCAUUGUGAAGGAAGGAAAGGGAAACCACCUCAGACCCCAUUUGCCGAAUGCCCGAACUCUCCAAGCUGCACAGACCGGGAGAAGUUACGUGUCGUGGGAGGAGAGGACAGAUGCUCGGGGAGAGUGGAGGUUUGGUUCCGUGGCUCCUGGGGAACAGUUUGUGAUGACUCCUGGGACAUGGCGGAUGCUAAGGUUGUGUGUCAACAACUGGGCUGUGGAUCGGCUCUAUCUGCCCUGGUUGAGGCUGUAUUCGGCGAGGGGACUGGUCCCAUCUGGGUGGAGAAGGUGAACUGCAGAGGGACAGAGUCGUCUCUCUGGGAUUGUUGUUCCAAGCCCUGGGGUGAAAGUAACUGUGACCAUAAGGAAGAUGCUGCUGUGAAUUGCUCAGGUGUGACACAGAUGACAGAUUCACCAAAUACCCAAGCUCCCCCGUGCCGCCCUCUGACUGACAGUGGGAGAGUCACGGUGCCCGUGGUCGUCUGCAUUAUCCUGGGGGCCCUGCUCUGCCUGGUCUUAAUCAUCCUGGGGGCGCAGGUGCGAAGUGCCAGGGCACAGCGCAGAGGUUCCAGAAGACCCUUGGAUCCCUUCUCUGAGGCCGUGUAUGAGGACAUUGAUUAUAACCUGAUGAGAGAGAAGCAGGAGAUGUUCAGUCGCUCAGCUUCCUAUGCAGAUGACUCAGUGACGAAGCUGCAGUAUUACACCGGGGACAGCGAGGGGGAAAACGACCCUGGAUCAGAACAAGAGGGAGCUUCCCCCGGAGGGUCUCAGUUGGAUUACGAUAAUGUGGAGGAGCCUGUCUUGAACGACCUCCCCCAGACUCCAGAUGGCCGAGAUGCCCCUGCGCUGCCUGGAGAUGUCCCAGGGGAUGGUUAUGAUGAUGCCAGAGAAGUGUCUGACUCUGAAGGUGACCCUGCUUCGGGGCAGAAUGAUGAGCAAGGCACUGGGGUGAGCAACAGACACAGGGAUUCACAGACAGGAUGGCAGCGUGGGAAUCUGCUCUUGCGAAGGAGUGAAGUUGUCUCUGGGAUGGACAGAGAAACCCCAUUCCCGCUUCCUGGAGACACAGGUUGUGAUGAUGUGGAACAUGGUGACUCUGGGGGAUCAAUAUCAGAACGAUUUGAUUGGGAAAAAAAUAACCUUGUGAUGAUAUAAAUGCUUUGCCUUUUUCUCUCAGAAAUGCUCCCUCCGCUAUGAUGCCUAGAGACAGUCCCUGCCUGGUAGAUAGACAAAGCAGGUGUUUUUAUAAGAUUUGUGUGAAGUUGCAGGAAAUACUAGUGGGAGUUGCAAAAGGUUCAUAAACUUUCUUUGUAUAAUUUUCCACCGUUUGAAGGGGGGUGGAAGUUUCCUGCUUUUUUAU